AAAAACUGAAAUAGAGCUUAUACGUUUAGUGUGUUGUGCAGGAUGAAUUUGUUUAGUUUAAAAACGCGGUUUUACGGGCUGAACAGUCACCACUUAAAUGUUUGGGUUAAAGGCUGUAAACAGACCUCUGCUAUAGUUAUUUCACUCUGACGAGAGUCAUCAACAUACACAUGAAUAAACGAAACACAAGUCCAAUGUCUCUAAAACAAUGUUAAGUUUUCUUUACGCAAGGCAAACUGGGCUUGACGACCCAGUUCGACUGAGACGUGCAGAAUCCACACGCAGGGUGCUGAGUCUUGAGUUGAACCACAACAGGGAUGUGGAUCGUAUUCAUGGCAAUGGAAUCAACACCCUUGACAUUGAGGUUAUUGAUGGAAGAUAUAUGCUGUCAGGCGGAUCUGAUGGCGUAAUUGUGAUUUAUGACUUGGAGAACAACAGCAAGAAGCCUCAAUACACCUGCAAAGCAAUCUGCACUGUGGGCAGGUCCAGUCGACAUGUGCAUAAAUUCAGCGUGGAAACAGUGCAGUGGUACCCACAUGACACCGGUAUGUUUGUAUCCAGCUCUUUCGACAAAACCAUGAAAGUCUGGGAUGCUGAAACUCUGAAGCCAGCUGAUGAGUUCCAGUUUGAUGGCAAUGUCUACUGUCAUCACAUGUCUCCUAUAGCCAGGAAGCACAGCCUUGUGGCAGUUGGUACCAAAGACCCCAAAGUGCAGCUUUGUGAUCUGAAGUCUGGGUCGCGCAUCCACAUCCUUCAGGGUCACAGGGGCGAGAUCCUCUCAGUGAGAUGGUCUCCACGAUAUGAACACAUACUGGCCACUGCCAGCACUGACAGUAGGGUUCGCAUCUGGGAUGUGAGAAGAGCCUCCGGGAGUCUUUUUACUUUGGACCAGCACAAUGGAGAUAAAUCCAAGGCCUCGUCUGAAGCAGUGAACACAGCACACAACGGAAGAGUGAAUGGGUUGUGUUUCACAGCUGAUGGACUCCACCUCCUCACUACAGGGACAGAUGAUCGCAUGCGUCUGUGGAAUAGCGGCACUGGAGAAAACACAUUAGUGAACUAUGGGAAGGUCGUGAACGAGAGCCGCAAAGGUCUGAAGUUUACCGUAUCAAGGGGUUGCAGUCCAGAGUUUGUGUUUGUGCCAUGUGGAAGCUCAGUAGCGGUGUAUGGGCUUCAUUCUGGAGAGCUGAUCACAAUGUUAAGGGGACAUUAUAAUAAUGUGGACUGCUGCGAGUUCCACCCUGAUUAUCAGGAGCUGUACAGUGGAGGUAAAGACUGUAACAUACUUGCCUGGGUUCCAGUGUUAAGACAGCCUGAUGUUGAUGAUGAAGAAACCAACACGAAACAGGGUGGAACGCAAGCUGCUAUCAAUCCUGCUUUUGCCGAUGCCUGGAGCAGCGACGAAGACUGACAGAUCAACCCAGCAAUGUUUUUUUAUAUCCAAAUACACCACUUUAUACAUUAUUAAAGAAGUCAAAGUGCUCUUAUUGCAUUCAGAGGCACAGCAGGUGCAUAUAAGCUCAAUGUACAGAAAAAAAAGACUUGUGGGAGAUUUGUUCUCAUUGCUUGUGACCAUCUGAUUUGCAUGUGGAUUAAAGUUUUACAUCAUCUUGUGA